ACAUGAAGUAAUGAGGCGUCAAUUACAAAGUUUCAAAACAGGAGUAAAAUACCAGUAAAUAUGAAAUUCCUGUUGAUAACCGCCCUCGUGGCCGUGGCCACCGCUGUACCUACCAAACGCUUCGCUCCUAUCUCCGUGGGGCCUGCUAUCAUUGACGGACCUUCCGUUGGACCCGCCAUCAUCGGCGCUGGAGACAUCGCUGUCGGCCCUGCUAUCGUCGACUUCCCUUUCCCCGACGGCGGUGCCGUGUCUGCCCCCGUUGAGCCUUCCCCCAUCGCCAUCGGACCCGCUAUCGUCGGUGAAUCCCCUAUCUCCGUCGGACCUGCCAUCGUUGAGGCCGGAGACAUCGCUGUUGGACCCGCUAUCAUCGACUUCCCCCUUCCCGACGGUGGCGCCGUGUCCGCCCCCGUUGAGGUUUCUCCCGUCGACUCCGUCGUCGUCGGCCCUGCCGCCGGCUCUCAGAGCUCUCCCCUCGUCCAGAUCAUCAUCAACGUUAAGGCCCCCGCUGGUGCCGGCCCCGUUGUCGAUGCCGUCGCUGACAAGCCCAUGGACAUCAUUGAUGUUAUGCCCGUCGUCGACCCUGCUGAUUUCGUGGACCUCACCCCCGUUGUAGAGCCUGUAGAAGUCGUCGACAUUGUCGAUGUCAUGCCCGUGGUUGACCCCAUCAACAUCAUCGAUGUUAUGCCUGUUGUUAAGCCCGUAAACCCCCUUGCCCGUUCUUAAGGAUUUGACUUGAAAUACAUAUUUUUUGUAUAAAAUAUUUUAUAUUAUAAAAUAAAAUCUGUGAUGUAAUUAA